AUGUCAAGAGUGGCUCAAUUAGAUACAGAAUUUUUAGAUGGUCAAUUGUAUUCAAUUUUUGAGAAAAAAUUCAAUUCAAUCUUACCACAAUUUAUAUCAUCUUCUUUCCCCAAUGAAUGUGAUUUACUUUUAAAUACCUUGAUUUACCAUUUUUCCACUAAAAUUAAUUCAAAUAUUAAUUCUACAGCUACUUAUAAUUCUUCAUUGGCUGGAAUAUCAUAUUCAUGUUCUAAGAGAUACCUUUUCCUAAUUAAUGUCUUAUCAAAUUAUAUCAUUAAAAAAUUGAAAUUACCCAAUAUCACAAUCAAAUUCUAUUCCAUUCUAGAUUUAAUAAAUUUCUUAUUAUUCUUAUCACCAAUACGACACAGCACAGAGUCGAAUUCAAAUUUACCCACUUUAAAGCAUAGAUUAUUAAAAGUACAUUCGACUUUAUCAAAUUAUUCUGAUUCUUCAAGUUUUAUAACAAAUUCAAGAUAUGCCACUCAACAAUUCAACAAUAAACAAUUAUUAUGGUCUGCUAUUUUAGAAUUGCUCAAUACAUUAUUGUUGAAUGAUAAUUCUUUUAUAAUACCUUGGCUGGCAAAUUAUACAUCCACUGUUCAAGAUAAUUCCAAGAUUGGUGGAGAUUCGUCUUCUUUAGUACCAAGUUGUCCCAUUUGUCAUGCGUUUCCAAUCAACCCAUAUGAAGUAGACUGUUGUACCAUUAAAUAUUGUUUCGUAUGUAUACAUACUUCACGUCUAACUAAUUGUAGAAGUUGUAAUUCAAGAAUUCAUAAUAUUAAACCUUAUUAUUAA